AUGACAUUAAAGCUUGCACUCUUCAUAUGCCUCGCCAUUUCAUUCAUCUUCUCUUGCUCAUCGGAAACUACCAGCGUCGGCACCGUAAACUGGUGGUGCACCCAAACCCCACACUAUGAAACCUGCAAUCACUACGUUACCCUGCGUAACCCCACCAGUGCCACCAUAUCUACAGACGAGUUCCUGGAUAUGACUGUAGAAGCAGCCAUAGAUGAGGCACGUAUGGUUCUGAAACGAGCCCAAGGGAUCGAGUCCAAGUACCCAAAUGUUCCAGGGAAAAGCCUGUGGGGUAGCUGCGUUGACUACUUCGACGGGGUCGUUUUCACACUUAACAUGAUCCAGAACAACACCCUCCAGCCAAACCCACUUGACGUCCAGACAUGGCUCAGUGCUAGUUUAGCCUAUAUCAACGUCUGUGAAAAAGGAUUCGAGUUGAUUAAUAAGACCAACACAAUGCUACCCCUUAUUUCUACCAAUUUGACACUACUAAUACUCAACUCUUUGGCUAUUAGUGUUCUCUUGAAGGGUAGUAGUACUAAUACUCCUGGUGUCGUGGAUUGGGAAUAUUUUCGCAAUGAGUACAAGCCAAAGCCGGACGUUGUGGUAGCUCAUGAUGGCUCAGGUGAUUUUAAAUUGGUUCAAGAAGCUGUAGAUUCCGCAAUGAACCGGCCACAUCCCGGGAGGUAUGUGAUAUACGUGAAGGCUGGGAUUUAUGAAGAAAACGUUGUGAUUCCAAGGACAGUAGAGCUUAUAACGAUGUUUGGUGACGGAAUAAAUAAGACGAUCAUCACCGGUAGCCGGCGUUCAGGUGAUGACGUGCUGGAAACGGUAAAGGUUGGUGACUUGAAGGGAUCAGCUACGUUUCGUAAGUUCAUGUCUCGUUUUCUUUUUAGUAUUUUUUUUCAUACAAAUGCAAUAUCGCUACUUAAUUUACUCAGAGUUUGUUUCGUAUCGAUGGCAGAAAUCUACGGUCGUGGAUUUAUAGCUCGAGAUAUGACGUUCCGUAACACGGCGGGGCCACUGGGAGAGCAAGCGGUGGCACUCCUCACCAGCUCCGACAAAUCAGUCUUCUAUCACUGCAGCAUUGAGGGCUACCAAGACACACUUUUUACUCUUUCUAGUAGACAGUUCUACAAAGAAUGCAAGAUCUUCGGCACAGUUGAUUUCAUUUUCGGCGACGCUGCAGCCGUAUUCCAAGAUUGUCAAAUCUUCCUUAGGAAACCACGGCCCGGAGGAGGGUUAGUGGUGACUGCUCAUGGACGGAAAUAUGAAAACGAAACGUCUGGAUAUACACUGCAAGGGUGUAACAUAACUGCUGGAAAGGAUCUUAAGCCUGUAAUCGAUCAGUACAAAGCUACUUUCCUAGGAAGACCGUGGUUUGCACGCGCCCGGACCGUUUAUAUGCAGUCUUUUCUUGAUGACUUGGUGGACCCGGAAGGGUGGCUUGAUAGUUGGGGUUAUAAUCAAACUAUUUAUUACGGAGAGUACAAGAAUUAUGGACCAGGUUCAUCUACUAGUCGGAGGGUCAAAUGGCAUGGCUACCAUGUCAUAACAGAUCCUAAGAUCGCACAACCUUACACAGUUGCUGAGCUCCUGUCAGGCAACGAAUGGCUUCCGGCAAGUGGCGUGCCUUUUACACCGGGGUUUGAAAAUAUGUAG